GGUGUUGGUCAUUGACGACGAUGACGACGAGCAGCAAUGACACUCUCCGCCCUUCGACGAACAAUCGGCUGCCAUCGCUGAACCAGCUCGCUGCUCGCAUUAACAUAAACGUUCCUCCGAGCCAAUCGCUCAGUUCAUCGUCAUCGACAUCUGCGCUACGACCUCGCCUCGUUGCAUCCGCGCUGCGGACAGGCUCGACGACAUCAGUUGCAUCCUCAGUAACGACGGCGGACUCCGUGGCCGUGAAUGCACCUACGACAAGAUCAGCCUCGCCAUCGACCCCUCCAGUCGAAGAUGUGGAAGUAUCUGUUGUUAGUGGCGGGGAAGCGCUAACUGCGGAAAAGCUGGAGAAACACAAUCAGCUGGAAAGUGAGAAGAAAAACGUCAAGGUUGGAUACAAGAAUAUUCCCAGUCUGGAUGCGAUUACUGCUAGGCUCGCCAAGACCCGUGCGUUGAGCAUCGAUGGGUCCGUUAGGCCACCGGAAGCGGAGUUGAUUGACGAUCCGAAGACGCCAGGUGUGCCGAUGAAGGUGCCGGAGCAUCCCUUGCAGUAUCUUUGGACGAUAUAUCACGACACAAAAGCCAAAUUCCCCUACACCCCUGCCCCGAACUCGCAGCCCUCGACUGCCACAGACAAUGUUUUUACUCACUCGACCGAAUCCAACGACUAUGAAGCUGGUCUGACUGUCAUCGGAGACUUCAACACCGUCGAAGACUUUUGUCGGUAUUUCAAUUGGCUCAAACCGCCCUCGAAGCUCGAGCGCAAUUCGAACUACCAUCUCUUCAAGUCGGGUAUCAAGCCCAUGUGGGAGGACGAGGCCAAUGCGAACGGGGGAAAGUGGGUGUUGACGAUGAAGAACAACCCUGGGUUGCUGGACCGAUGCUGGAACUGGCUCGCCAUGGCUUUGGUGGGUGAGGAGCUCGAGGAGGGUGACGAGAUCUGCGGUGCAGUCGUCAGUCUCAGGAGCAAGGUCGAUAGGAUUCAAGUCUGGACGAGGAGCAAGGACGAUGUGGAGAAGCUUAAUGGGAUUGGGAGGAAGCUCAUCAAGCUGCUGGACGUUUCGGACGCCGAUGGGAUUGGGUUGGAGUUUCAGUAUAAUACGGAUGAUAGGCCGCAGCCGAACAAGUUUUUGUCCAUCCAGGCGAUGCCUCAGACGGGCUAUCGCAAGUCGGAAGCCCAGUCGCCUAUUCCGAGUCCGGGUGCUUUUGGAGGCUUUGGGGUUGGCAUUGGGGGGAGUAGUGCGUGGAGGGCGUCCAAGAGGUCUUGAAAUUUGUAAGAUGUACGAUGUAAUUCAUUCUUGGUUUUUGCUAUUUUGAUGGCCUUUCCUUGAGGAAUGAUGAUCAUGUGUUCGAAUCUCUGCUUAGCGUACCAUUCAGCGUUUAAUAAUAUGCCAUUUCCCU